UGCUUUUGGAAACAGGGAUGAAAUAGGAGCCUGUUUGCAGUCACGCCAAGGCUCUUCGCAGGUCCCUUCUUCAAAGAGACGGAGGCGCUCAAGUAUUCGGAGGGGGAUCGGCUGAGAGGCUUCUGCCACUGUUACAGUAAAUAGAAAGACAAGGGACAAGGAUGCACUCUGUCCCAGGAGGUGGUUCCCUGGAGCUAACCGAUUCUUGGAGCCAUUUCACCAGGGAAGCCUUGAGCAGUGCUACACAGAGGAGAGUGCCAGCGUUGAUAACCGCAGAGAGAGGCCUGUGAACAGCGAAUUCACGGUAAAUCAUCCAGAGGCCGCUCCCAGGGAUGACUACAGGUGGGAGUCUGGACCAGAGCAUCACUUUCUCGCAGCAGACGAACAGCCCCACCACAGGAGGCGCUACAGAACCAAUGUGAGAGGAUGGGAAUUAUGUGAAGAGUGCCUGGAGGUUUGCUGGUCUGCUGUAAUUCGAACCGAGGUCUUGGAAUCGGGCUGAAGGAGCGCGUCCGCCUCGAGCGCCACUGCACGCUAUUCCGGCCUUCGUGUAGUUCAGCUCAUCCCAGGGGUGGAGCGAGCUCUUCGUAUCAGGACGCCGGUGUUGCCAGCGAGCAGAUGGCGCACGCGAGUUGCUGGAACUUUCUGAGUAUUUUGAUGUGCUUUUUGAAGUGCGAGGAAUUUUAAUUUCCCGGGUGAUUUUUUUUUUUUCUCAGAAUUUUGUCAAAAGAGAAAAGUAACUUGGCAAAAAUGUUUUUAAAAGUAAGAGUUUUAUUUUGAGUUCUGUAGUGCGAUGGUGUGCCGCCGCUGUUUCGCUGUCGUGAGAAUGCUGUAACAUUUCCACCCAAAGUGUCGUGAGCUGUGUGUUUAUUGUCCGCGCAAACCCUGCAUGGCCCUGCCCCCACUGAGGCUCAGAUGGAGCCCUGGAAGCGCGGGAGCACCAACACGGUGAGCACCAACACGGAGGCGCGUUCAGAGCGCACAGACACGGUGUACAUGGUGGUGCCCCUGCUGGGGGUGGCCCUCCUCAUCAUCAUCGCACUCUUCCUCAUCUGGAGAUGCCAGCUGCAGAAGGCGACGCGCCGCCGCCCGGCGUACACCCAGAACCGGUACUUGGCUAGCCGCAACUCCCGCAGCCUGCCCCGCAUCCUCGUGCACCGCGACGGCCCCUCCCACUCCGAGAACCCGCACCCGGAGAACCAGUCCGGCCGCGCUGCGGGCGGGGGGAGCGGCGGAGGUGGAGGCGGGGGGUCCGGGGGAUCUGCCGCUCCCACCUCCCACCAGCACGCGCAUCUCCAAAACGGCCGGACCCUCUACGUUCAGGACUCGUCCAUCUCUGUCGCUUCCCGCCUUUCCGGCGCGACCCCGCCGCCCUCCUACGAAGAAGUAACGGGACACCUUGAGAGCAGCAGCGACGAGACCACAGCUCCCUACAGCGACCCCCCGCCCAAAUACGAGGAGAUUGUCAAACAGAACCUGCCCUGCACCCCAGCCACUUUAAGCAUCCUGGCCUUAACAUGGACAGACAGCGGCAGAAGACGAAGAAGCGAAACCCCUAGAGGAUGCCGUCGGAAAGCUGCGAAGGAAAACAAGCGCGUCAUCCAAAGUGUGUGUCUUUGGGGUCUGCGGUGUUCCGACCCGGUCCGGGCUGCUCGCUGAACGGAGGAUCCCACGUGUUGAGCUGCGUAGGAGGCACCGGGGUUACAGUAUGUGCCCGAAGAGCGUUGCUCUCUACUUUUUAUCCACGGUUGCACAAACGCGGCGAGCAGAAACGGACGAAAGGCUCUUUGUUCUCACCAAAACAGUCGUGCUUCAGCACCAGCAGAUGCAUAGCGAUAAGAAAGGCUCAUCCGCGCUGCAGUCCACUCGCUGCCCGGCACGUGUUGCGGAGACCGCGUGAAUCGGGCCAGCACCUCGCAAGCUUUAUUUUCCCAGAGUCACGUGGCGACGAGGAGUGCCUCAUGACCUUUUCGGAUCCAGCGCACGCUGCCUUUUUACAUAAUGCGUUUAAGGUCCUUAAAAUUAGCAACACACCUACGCAGCGUAUCGUGUUAGCGAACUACGGGGGAGGAAAAUGCUGGGCCUCGCUCGUCUCCGCAGAGAACGGGGCCCGUCCGGCGAACUGGGAACCUUCACAGAUCCGUGAAGAUUGCCUUACGUUUCCGUCGCUCAAAGUGUCAGGCCUUAGUUUGUGUCGUCGCUUGCCGUGCGGCGCAGC